CCGCGCUCACUCGCCCUAAAAUGGCCGCCGCUGCCGCCGUCUCCUCGCCCGCCGCGGGGGCCGGGGCCACCCCUGCCGGGGCCGCGUCGCUGCCCCCCACCGAGAGCAAGAAGAUCACGGACUUGCGCGUCAUCGACCUCAAGUCGGAGCUGAAGCGGCGCAACCUGGACAUCACCGGCGUCAAGACCGUGCUCAUCGCCCGCCUCAAGCAGGCUAUCGAAGAAGAAGGAGGAGAUCCAGAGAACAUCGAAAUAACCGUUUCCACUGACACGCCCACCAAGAAACCAACCAAAGGCAAAGGUAGAAAACAGGAAGCUGAUGAACUAUGUGGUGAUGCUUCAGUUGAAGAUGAUUCCUCUGUUAAGGAAAAUGAAUUGGAGGCUCAAGAUGCAAGUGAUCAAGAUGGAAAUGAUGAACUUAAGGACUUUGAAGAAGCUGGUGAAAAUGAAGAGAACUUGAAUUCUAAACAGCUGCCUCCUCCCGAAAAGGAGAGAGAUCAUGACUCUGAACAGGCAGAGACAACAGAAGAUGCAGAGAGAGACUCUGAAAGCCAGGAAAUUGAAGGUCAAGAAACAGAAGAUGAUACAUUUCCAACUACCCAUGAUGGUGAAGAAGAAGAAAGUGAGAGAGAUAAAGCAGGUUCUGGUGAUGGUACACAAGAAGUAUCUAAACCUCUUCCUUCAGAAGAAAGCCUAGCUGAGGCUGAUCACACGGCUCAUGAAGAGAUGGAAGCUAACACGUCUGUGAAAGAAGCUGAGGAUGAUAACAUAUCGGUUACAAUCCAGGCUGAAGAUGCCAUCACUCUGGAUUUUGAUGGUGAUGACCUCCUAGAAACAGGUAAAAAUGUGAAAAUUACAGAUUCUGAAGCAAGUAAGCCAAAAGAUGGGCAGGACAUCACUUCACAGAGCCUGGAGAAAGAAAGCAAGGACUAUGAGAUGACUGAGAACCAUAAAGAUGGUAAGAAGGAAGACUGCGUGAAGGGUGAUCCUGUCAAGAAGGAAGCCAGAGAAGGUUCGAAGAAAGCAGAAUCUGGAGAUAAAGAAAAGGAUACAGUGAAGAAAGGUCCCUCGUCUACUGGGGCCUCUGGUCAAGCAAAGAGCUCUGCUAAGGAAAGUAAAGAAAGCAAGACAACAUCCAAGGAUGAUAAAGGAAGUGCAAGCAGUGUGAGCGGUAGCAGUGGAAGCUCAACUAGAAACCUGUGGGUUAGCGGUCUCUCCUCUAACACAAAAGCUGCUGACUUGAAAAAUCUCUUUGGCAAAUAUGGAAAGGUCCUUAGUGCAAAGGUGGUCACAAAUGCACGAAGCCCUGGAGCAAAAUGUUAUGGUAUUGUAACCAUGUCUUCUAGUACUGAAGUGGCUAGGUGUAUUGCACACCUUCAUCGCACAGAACUUCACGGACAACAAAUUUCAGUUGAGAAAGUAAAAGGUGAUCCUUCCAAGAAGGAAUUGAAGAAAGAAAGUGAUGAGAAAUCUGGUUCUGGUAGAAGUGUGGGGGAUAAGAAGACUGCUUCAAGUGACAAAACUAACAAAACUCCUUCAACCAAAAAAGAGGAAAAGAAAUCUGACAAAUCAGAGAAAAAAGAAAGCAAAGAAGCCAAAAAAACCGAAGGUAAAGAUGAGAAGAGUGAUAAUGGAUCAAGUGGCCCUAAUCAAGAAUCCACUAAAAAAAAUGAAGAAAAGAAGCGAAUAAGUGGAAAAAGUUCGGGUCAGAUGGUUGUUAUAGACCAAACAAAAGGAGACCAAGGUCACACGAGGACAGUGAGAAGGGGAAGAUUUGACAAAGCACAGAUAUUAAGAAACAAAGAGCGUAUCAUUCAAGAUAAAAUGAAGUUCAGAGAGUACAGAGCAAGAAAAGAUAUCUUGCCUUUUGAGAAAAUGAAGGAACAAAGAAUGCGAGAACAUAUGGUUCGAUUGGAACGAAUACGACGAGCAGUUGAGCUCCGGAGGCGAAGAGAAAUUGCUGAGAGAGAACGUAGGGAGAGGGAACGUAUUCGAAUCAUACGUGAACGGGAAGAACGUGAGCGCUUGCAGAGGGAAAGGGAACGACUGGAAAUAGAAAGGCAAAAACUGGAGAGGGAGAGAAUGGAACGAGAGCGCUUGGAAAGAGAACGCAUUCGUAUUGAACAGGAACGUCGCAAAGAAGCAGAGCGUAUCGCUCGUGAACGAGAGGAACUGCGUCGGCAGCAGCAGCAGCUUCGUUAUGAACAGGAAAAAAGAAAUUCUUUGAAACGUCCACGGGAUGUAGACCACAGGCGGGAUGAUCCAUACUGGAAUGAAACUAAAAAGAUGGCCCUGGAUACAGAUGCACGCUUUAGCCAUAGUUCAGACUACAAUCGCCAGCAAAAUAGAUUUAAUGACUAUGACCACAGAGAAAGGGGGCGAUAUCCAGAAAGUUCAUCGGUUCCAUCAUCGUCUUUUGAAAGGCGUGAACGCUUUGUAAAUCAAGGUGAAGGAAAAAAGACACGUCCAACAGCACGAAGAGAGGAGCCUGGUUUUGAGAGGUAUCCUAAAAAUUUUAGUGAGUCCAGAAGAAAUGAACCACCACAGCCCCGAAGUGAACUUCGAGAUACUGAUAGGCGAGAAGUACGAGGAGAUAGAGAUGAAAGAAGGACAGUAAUAAUUCAUGAUAGGCCUGAAAUACCCCAUGGUCGGCAUCCAAGAGAGACUGGUUCAAAUCCGCCUAGACAAACUAGUUGGAAAAGUGAGGGAGGCUUAAGCACAGACAAACGAGAUUCCAGGGGCGACAGACCAGAGAGAUCUGGAAGGGAUGUGUCCGGACAUGUGAGAAGUGCACCUCCUGGUAGCCGUAGCAGCGCUUCUGGUUAUGGAAGUAGGGAGGGAGAACGAGGAGUAAUGGGAGAAAGAGGUGGUGGAGGGCAACAUUAUAAUGAAGACAGGCAUGUCGUUGAACGCCAUAGUCGGGAAACUGGACCAAGAAAAGAGUGGCAUGGACCUAGUUCUCAAGGAAGUGGAUAUCAUGAUGCAAGGAGAAUGGGAGAUGGACGUGGAGGAGGUGGCAUGAUAUCUCCACAUGCAAGUAACUCUUCACCAAUUAAUAGAGUUGUACAGAUCACAGGCAAUUCUAUGCAGAGGGGAAGUGGCUCAGGAUUUAAACCGUUUAAGGGUGGACCUCCACGAAGAUUCUAAAAUCCACAGCUGCUUUGUUUCAAGAUAACUUAUUGAAAUCUCUUGUAAACUCUACCUGAUUAGAUACAACAAGCAAGAAAUCUUGUCUGGAAAUCCUGAUUAUUAUUAUUUUAUUUUUUUUUUAAUUUUAACAUGGUGAAUGACCUUCUCCAUUUUGGAGGCAUUUUAAUAGUUCCGUUGUACUUUUGGAUAGUUUUUUGUGAUCUUUGAUAAGCAUUUUCCCUGGAGCACUAAAGCUGUGCAAGACGAUUGGAACCAAAAUAUUUGUUAAUCCUGUAAAGAAAAAAAAUAAGAAAAAAUAAUAAAGGAAUAGUUUUCAGCUAUGUGCUAACAGUUUAAUUUACCAGCAUUAGCUCUGUGGUGUCACGCUCUAAAGUUAGCUACUUUCACAACAUACACUUAUAAACCUCCAUUUGAAAGUUGUUUUGGGCUAUAAUCUCUCUGCUUUCUGAUUCUUAGAGAAACAUUUGUUGCAUUUCUGGGUAUUAUGUAACCUAUUUUUGCAGAAGGUACUGUUACAUUGAGUGCAUCUAUGUGUAUUCUUGCAAAUGUAUUCUUUUGAAAUAAACCUUCAUAUUCUGUA